GGAGAAAGAAUUAGCUGCUGUUAAGAUAAAUGCAGCGGAUGUUGAUAUAAUUGCUAAUGAGCUAGAGUUGGACAAAAAGGUUGCGGAAAGAACUUUGCGCGAGCACAAAGGUGAUGCAGUUGCUGCCAUUCGGCACUUGCUUCACUAGAGACGUGAUAACGAACAAGUGUCAAUGCUUCAGAAAAUUACUAUGCACCAGCUUAUAUUGUUUUUCAUUUAAAUUGAAUCUCAACCGUAUUCUGGUCUAAUUCAUUCAGAAAUCAUAAAUGUAUUGUUGAUUAACUGUACCUCUCCUCUACCUAAUCUUUUCUGUGCUAUAAAAGUAGCCAUUAUCUAAUGGAGAAGUCCUUCAUGAAGAUCUCCACGCGUGUCUCAUACACAUGCUUGCUCGUUAAGCACACAGUUCUGUCAACUUGAAGCCCAGCAUGUGAUUUGUUCAAAUCAAAUGGUAAAAAGAGCCUUGCUUUUAUGUGCACUUGUGAAAUUGUGGUGUGUAAUGCUUGUGCGAAUGGCAUCUUCUGUUUUGUUUGUUACAUUCAAAUUGAUAAAGCUACAUUUCGGAUUUUUGCCAUUGUUUCUUGAAAUGGACAGUGAUGGGAUGGAAGUGUCCACAUUCUGUGACUUUUUGCUUAUUCAUUAAGAUUCCGAUAAAUUAUGUUA